UGCGGUUUCCUGUGACGGAAUGAGUGACGCGUUUCCGCCCGUCUCAGUUGGUUGCUGGCUCCGCCGGAGCGCUCCUUUAGGCAGGCAGCCUAGAUUUGCUGUUUCUUUUCGAUAAACUCCUGUGAUAUACUUUUUCGUCACUGUUGUCGUGGUAUGACGUGCAGACAUUAACCCUAACCUACUGUUGUAAGCGGCGGCUGUGACGACGGACUGGUGAUUAUGGUGUAGAGACGGAGCCGCAUUUCCCAGAAACUGCAGGUGAGCGUGUGGGGAAGCCAUGUUGACGCUGUCGAGCAAACUGAAGCGAGAUGACGGCGUGAAAUCGGGUCGGACUUCCGGCGGGCCCCCCGACACCUCGCACAGGGUGUCCAUCCGGGACCGGCUGCUCAUCAAAGAAGUUGCAGAACUUGAAGCUAACCUUCCCAGUACCUGUAAAGUUGCCUUCCCUGACGUGAACAAGCUACACCACUUCCAACUGGACAUCUCCCCAGAUGAAGGCUACUACCAGAGCGGAAAGUUCCGGUUCGAAAUAGAUGUCCCUGAAGCCUACAAUAUGGUGCCCCCCAAAGUUAAAUGCCUCACCAGGAUAUGGCACCCCAACAUCACAGAGACCGGCGAAAUCUGCCUGAGCUUACUGAGGGAGCAUUCAAUCGACGGCACGGGUUGGGCCCCGACCCGAACUCUGAAGGACGUGGUCUGGGGAUUGAAUUCCUUAUUUACUGACCUGCUGAAUUUCGACGACCCACUGAACAUUGAUGCGGCAGAGCACCACCUGCGCGAUAAGGAGGAUUUCCGCAGAAAAGUUCAGGAUUUCAUCAAGAGCUACGCCAGAUGACUGCAACAGCUGUGCCACUGCGAGGUGGACGCCUCCCACUGCAUGGCACUGCACGUCUACCGAAGACCCAGACUCGCUCAUAAAGGAACGGAAAAAAAGAAAAAACUAACUAAAAAUGUAAAGUGCAGCACCUGAGGAAGAGGGUACUUUAUCACUCCAGAGUGGACACAGCGGCAAGGGGCACGGAGCCGGCCCUUGUGUGUAUGUGCGUGCGUGUGUUUACGCACAUGAAUGUGUGUAUGUAUGUUACGGUGUGCGUGUGCGCGUGCGUGUAACACGAGUGUGUCAGACUGAGCCACUGCAUGCUAUUCACGCUUUGCCCUUUGACCUCUUGGGCAGCCGUGUCCUCAGCCUGCCAGGCUCCAUGAGCUGUUGUUUAAAGGUGCAGCGUCCUUGCUUUGGUCACACCCCCCCCCCCCUACCCCAACACAGUUCACUUUGCCUUCCUAAACCCCGAAGGACCGGCGAGGCCCCCUAUCUUUAUUUAAAUCCUCCAGUCCUUUCUCAGUUGUUUUUUUUUCCCCUCAGAAUUGUGUUCAUUUUUUUAAGUAUAUUAAAGAUGGAAUAUAAUACCAA